CCAUAACCGCGCUGGCUAUGGGUCGAGUUGUAAAGAAUCAGGCAGAUACCUCGCGGUCACGCCCGGUUUCUUGCGUAUUCUGCCGGUCGCGUAAGCUCCGAUGUAGCCGGAACUUCCCUUGUACGAAUUGCGUUAGUCGCGGCCUUGACUGUCCACAUCCUUCCUUGCCUUCAGCACAAACAGACCGUUCGGCCGAAAUACUCGUACCGACUCAAGAAUCCGCUAGCGUCGAAGAAGACGUCUUGGCGCGUCUGCGCAGACUAGAGGAGAUCGUCAUUGGCCACGGUGUAACACCUCCAAUAGCCUCCACUGGGUCCUCGAUGCAUGCUGGGACUCCGCCUUCCCAUGCUUCACCCGGUUCGUUUGCACGGAAAUUUGAUCACUACAAACGUUCAGCGAGCUCCCCGUCAAGCCAUGUUGACUGGCUGGAAGGCGAGAUAUCUCACCCUGCUUCAACGAACUGUCUGGUUUCGUACGAGAUUGAAUUCAAAACAUGCUCUAUCAAUAUUGCAACAUCUCCCAGCUCCUUUUCUAAUCGGGGAAACACGCCCAUCAGAUGCAUUUGGCUUCCACUCCACGAAGAGUCAAUGCACAUCGUCGACAAGUAUCUCGUUGAUAUUACACAUCUCCAUCAUGUGGUUCACGCGCCGUCGGUACGGUCGUUGGUUCGUGAUAUCUAUUAUUGUUUGAAUCAGAAGAGCGACCCCCGGCUUGGAGAUGCUUGUCUUCUCUCGGCGAUGAUUACUAGCACUCUUUUCUUCUGGACGGAACGGGACACACCGGAACCCCUGUUCACCUCCGCGGAGGCAGCCUACGAAAAGACCUCGUUGUGGCUGCAGAGAACCCUUGAUUUACUUGAUCUGUCUCGUCGAAUAGGAUCUGGCACCAUCGAAGAGGUCCAAGCAACAAUCAUUGUAGGUUUUGUUAUUUGCAACAUGGUUGGCAUCUCAUCUCAGGCACAUUUCUGGUUUUCCUCUGCCACAUCCAUCGCAUGGCAGCUAUCUCUUCACCGGAUUGAUCACCCACAAAAUGGAGACUUGAAUGUACCUCGCCCAGACUCCGUAAAAGCAGAGGUGGCACGAAGGGUCUGGUGGAACUUGGUCGGGACCGACUGGCAAUUCUCUCAGUAUGCAGGUGCCCAAAGGGGCAUGUACAUGAUAAAUCCUCGACACAUGGCGACAAGAAAGCCCAUCAAUUCGAAUGAUGAGGAUCUUGUUGAUGGAAUGGAAGGAGUCGGCCAGCCCAUCGACCAACCCACCUCCAUGUCCUAUUGCCUGCAAAGAUUUCGUCUCGCUGAGCUUUGUCGCGAACUUACUGACAGUGAGCCAUUUCCAAACACUGGACAAGGGCCAACAAACUACCAGAGAAUACGAGACAUUGACGCAAGAAUGAUUGAAUUCAUUGACAAUCUACCGCCGUUCUUUUCCCUCGACUUUGAGGUCGACCAGCUACCUGACUCGGAUCCACGCAGAUCGACCCCGAUCACUGUUCAGCGAUACAUUCUCAACUGCCUCGUCAAUGCCCAAAGGUGUCGCAUACACCUGCCAUAUUUAACCAAGAUAGCCAAGGACUCAAAGUACCUAUACUCGAGAACUGCGUGUCUCGAGGCGGCCAGAAUGGUAAUUCGCACUGAGCGACAGUUGCGGACCGAGAAUCUACCAUUCGUUCUGAUGCGACUGAAAUCCUCCGGCAUCCUGCACUGCGUAUGCAUGGGAAUCAUCGUUCUAUUGAUGGACGUCUGCCUGAACAGAAAUUUUCAGACAGGCGACGAGCGUGAAAUCCGCAUGGAGAUUUUCAGCGCAUUCUCCAUUCUAGAAGAAGCAAAGGGUCAAUCGCCAUUCGCAGAGAGAAUUCUGGGAUCGUUCUACAGAGUCUUACAGCGAUACAAUAUCCAGUUUGUUCCGCCUGAAAAAAAUCCACUACCCCGGCCCGAAGACAGUGCCGAAAUCGACCAGUCAUCGGUACCUGCAGCUCAAAAUGUUCCGAUGAUAUUGCCAGAUCAAGAGGCUAUUUUCGAGGUGGAGGACCCCAUACUUCCGUCUUUCAAUGAUUUCUUUGACGAGUUCAGCGCCAAUGUUGAUCCAGGCAACCUUGACUGGGAUGCAUUGUUUCCCGGACUUGAAUCGGCGUUCGUAUCGAUGUGA